AUGUCGAUGGGUAUAGGGAUAGGGUUUACUGGUCCGACCAUUGAUACCAUGCGUAACACAGUAGAGGAUACGAGCGGUGGAGGGAUUAUUGAAAUCGGAUCUCUCCUGGGUGGACCGUUGGGGGACCUAACAGGUAGAAGGUUAGCACUAGUGAUAGCAUCACCUCUACUCUUAGCGGGAGGCUUGCUAUACGUCUAUGGGAUGGGCUUGGCUUUCCGCACCGAUGCUGGCUCCGACGACCCUCGAGUCAUAUCCUCAACGUUCUGUCAAUGGAGUCCUCGAUGGCUCGCCACUAAAGGUAGACUAGAUGAGGCUAAGAUGACGCUCUGCAGACUACGUGGCUUACCAUCUUCGUCGAGGACUGAGGAGAUACUAGCUUUGGAGCGGGUGGCAGAAGAGCAGAUUGAACCUGAUGGCAUUGUUGAGAAGUUUACAGUCAUAAUGAAAUGCAAAAAGCAGGCUUUGAUAGCAGUUAUGAUACACUUCCUCACCCAGAUGUCGGGUCUCAAUGCUCUUGCCUUCUACCUAACAUCAAUCUUUAUGAAGGCAGGCCUGUCGAAUGCUGACUUCAUGUCCCUCAUAGUACAGCUGGUUACCAUGCUCACUACCCUACCGGCUAGUUAUCUCGUUGAGACUCUUGGUCGGAGAGUAUUACUCCUGAGUAGCUGUCUGGUUAUGGGCAUAGCUCAGUUCCUUACUGCAUGCUUCUUCUACCUUGAACGUGAUAAUGCUACUGCUACUUCAUCAUCUUCCCCCCUCGGUUGGUUGGUCAUUCUGGGAGUGUAUGCUUAUCAGAUAUCCUUUGCUUGGGGUGUUGGUCCAAUUAGAUGGAUACUGGUAGCUGAGUUGUUCCCCUGCAGAGCCCGUGGGGUUGCGGCAAGUUUGGCUGCUAGUGCUAAUUGGAUAAGUGCAUUCAUCUUCAUACUCGCCUUGGAUCCUCUUGUGGAGGCUACAUCACUAUACUUUACUUUCUGGGCCUUUGCAGUUUCGAUCUGGGCACUGCUUAUCUUUUUAUGGUUCGUGUUGCCUGAAACCAAGGGCAAGACGUUCGAAGAAAUCCAGGCAUACUUCCAUGAGGAUCAAUCAUCUCUAGAACCGUAUCAAUAGAAAUGCUCACUAUCAUGCGCACUAUCAUUACUCUAACUCGUUAGUCUAUCUUU